AUGCCUUCUUUCAUCCGAUCUGCCUUUGGUCGUUCGUCCAACGACGACGACCGGGUCACGGCCGUCGAUGCGCCGCAGGAGAAUGGCGACCAGGAAAAGUCUGGCGUCACGACUGCUGCCACCGACAAGUCGGGGAUUCCUGCCGACGCCAACAUCCUCGAUGAGGAGAGCAAGCAGAACCCCAACCCGGAGGCGCAGAAGGGUGUGUAUGACAUGGAGGCCAUCACCCUGACCUGGUCUCGCUGGGCUCUGGUUGCUGUUUUCCUGAAUAUGUGGUGUUUGUACUUUGUCAACGCCAUGCAGUCCGAGAUCGUGGGCGACCUGAUCCCCUACAUCACCUCCAAAUGGGAUUCCCAUUCGCUGCUGAACGUCAUCUACGUCGUCUCCGACACCAUGACCGCCGCCUGCUACAUGCCUCUGGCCAAGAUCAUGGAUAUGUGGGGGCGUGCCGAGGGUUUCUUCUCCAUGAUUGUCAUUGCCACCGUCGGCAUCAUCAUCAUGGCCGUCGCCAACAACCUGCCUGCUUUCUGCGCCGGAUAUGUCUUUUACAACCUCGGGUUCGGUGGUAUGACCUACUGUGUGGACGUCAUCACGGCCGAUUCGUCGCUGCUCCGGUCUCGAGGCCUGGCGUACGCCUUCACCUCGUCGCCGUACAUCAUCACGGCCUUUGCCGGCCCCAAGGCCGCCCAGGACGCCCUGGACGGCAUGGGCAUGAAAUGGGGCAUCGGCCUGUUCGCCUUCAUCCUCCCCGUCGUCGCCUCGCCGCUGUUCUUCAUCCUCAAGUCGACCCUGCGCAAGGCGGGCAUCGUCCGUCCCAAGAGCGGCCGCACCUGGUACCAGAGCAUCUACUGGUACAUUGUCGAACUUGACCUGGUCGGUCUGUUCUUCUUCUCCGCGGGCCUGACCCUGUUCUUCAUCCCCUUCGAUCUGGCCGGCAGCGCCCCCAGCAGCUGGGCCACCGACUACAUCAUCACCAUGAUCGUCAUCGGCUUCUGCAUGCUGUUUGUCUUUGCCGGCUGGGAGAUCUGGUGUGCCCCCCGCCCCCUGCUGCCGUACAACCUGCUGCGCGACCGCACCGUGCUGGGCGCCUGUCUGCUGGACGCGACCUACCAGAUCGCCUACUACUGCUGGGACAACUACUUCACCUCCUUCCUGCGGGUGGUCGACGGCCUGUCGGUCUCCCAGGCCGGUUACAUCAACAACACCUUUGACGUCGUCGGCGGUGUGCUGCUGCUGGGUGUUGGUGUCAUUAUCCGCAAGACGGGCCGCUUCCACUGGAUGCUCUGGGUCAGCGUGCCGCUGUACAUGGUCGCGCAGGGCCUGAUGAUCUACUUCCGCCGCCCGGACCAGAGCUACGGCUACCAGGUGAUGUGCCAGGUGUUCAUCUCCAUCGGUGGCAGUGUGUUUAUCAUUAUCGAGCAGCUGUCCAUCCUGGCUGCUGUUGACCACCAGCACGUCGCCUCCGCCCUGGCCCUGCUCAACGUUGUGGGCACCAUUGGCGACGGCAUGGGCGGCACCAUCUCGGGCGCCAUCUGGCAGAACACCUUCCCCAACGCCCUGCGCCGCUGGCUGCCCGAGUCCGCCAUGGACAACUUCUACGACAUCUACGAGGACAUCGACACCCAGCUCAGCUAUGCCAAGGGCACCGCCACCCGCACGGCCAUCGACAAGGCCUACGCCUAUGCCCAGUCGCGCAUGUUGGCCGUGGGCACCGGCAUCAUGGUGCUGUGCUUCAUCUGGACUCUGAUGAUCCGCAACAUGGAUCUGAGGAAGAUGCCCCAGGUCAAGGGUAUGGUGUUCUAA